GGGACGGGAAACUCAAAUCCAGAGAAGAAGAGCCACGCAACAUAAAUCACAACUAGCACGAGUCACGCGAUCCAGCCAAAAUUAGACCAAUUCGCACGAUCCAGACAUUUAGUACGAGUCGCGCGAUCAUGAGUCUCCAGCUCGUGCAGAAUUACGACUCCGACGAAGACGAGGAACGUUUUAAGCGCGCCGCGUUCGCACACGACGGCGACUUGUCGAAUUCUUCGGCAAGCGACGCGGAAGUUUCGGACGAUUACGACGAGGCUUCGGAGAAAGCAGCAGAGCCGGAAAAAGGGGAAGAUAUCGAGGGUAAUGGCGGGAAGGAAAGGGCGAGAGGAGCGCUGACGGCCGGUAGGAGUGACGCUGGAGCGUUGACGGCCGGUAGGAUUGGCGGAGUGAGACGGACGGCUGCCGGAUUCCUGCCGGAGAAAGGCCCCUCGGGGUUGCCGUCCGCUGCAGCAGCUUUCGAAGCGGUAGAGGGACCACCGUCCUUCCUUGCGCCAACAGCAUUAGCCCACCACAUGCACAUACCACGCGCUGACAAGCUCGUCGCCAUGGGCUCGGCCAAUGAGGACAUGCCACGUGGCAUUGUGUCUGUGGCUGGGGCGGCUGCGGCUGCUCCUGCGGCUGUUGUGUUCAGAGAGAGGCGGGCAGGAGGCGUCGGUGGUGGGGCCCGUGAGAUCGUCGCAGCGCCCGUGAGAAAUCCAAACGCCACUUCCCCUGCUGCUGCUGCAGAGGAGGAGGGGAGUACUCAGGCAUCCGAGGGAGCUAACGCGGCAAAUGGGAAUGCGCCAGGUGGCAGGAAGGCAGUGGGCGUGUCCAUGCCACCUAAAGCCGAUGCGGCUGAUUUGCUCAGGAUCUGCCCUACCUGCCAAGUGCCCAAAACGUUUUCUUCGGGGCAGGGCGUGGUCUGCCCAAUUUGCCGCGAUAAGCCAGCAGGAGGCGCUGAUGUGGAAGUGGGCAGAGAGAAAGCGAAGAAACGGGAAGGGGAUAGUAAGGUGAAGGAUAAGGAGAAAAUCAAGCGAAUGAAGGGCCAAUCAUCGCACGCCACGUGGAAGAGUGAGACAGAGAUGCAGUUGAGGCAGACGUAUGACUGACGGAGUACGACAGUAUGUGUGGAAGGAAAAUCUGUGGAACACUCAUGCUAACCAGCUCUGCAACUCAAUGUGGUUCGUUUUGUAUGAGUUGAACCAGGCAUCACCUGAUUUGUGCAUUCUUAGUGCUUCGCUGCUGCUUGAUUUGUUGUGUAGAAGUUAUCAGGUCAAACUGGAAAUCUCAACCUGUUGUGUACAUUGUGGGUGGAGAAUAUACAUAUAUAUAUAUA